AAUUUCCCCUUUUCCCCCGCCCCUCCUUCCUUUUACGCUGCACUUUUCAAACAAGACCUCCCAUUUCAGAAAGCAAAGCCAGAGGGAAACUCCCGGCCAGCCGAAAGAAAACCUCAAUGAAGCGAAAGUAACCGUGUCAUUCUCCUUCCAAGCAGCCAUGGCCGAGUGCGACCCGCUGGAGAGCCUGCAGAAAGAAGCAUCUUGCUCCAUCUGCCUGGAUUAUUUCAGCGACCCCGUGUCCAUCAACUGCGGGCACAGCUUCUGCCGCGACUGCAUCACGCGAUGCUCGGGCAAAUCGGACCGGAGGUUCUCUUGCCCUCAGUGCCGUGGAAUCGCCCAGAAGAGAAAAUUCCGGCCAAACCGGGAACUGAGGAACCUGGCGGAGAUCGCCAAGAAGCUGAUGUCGAGGGUCGGCGACGCGGCCCGGGCGGGCGGCGUGUGCCCGAAGCACCAAGAGCCGCUCAAGCUCUUCUGCCAGGAGGACCAGGCGGCCAUCUGCGUGGUCUGCGACCGGUCCCAGGCUCACCGCGCUCACACCGUGGCCCCCAUCGAAGAAGCUGCCCAGGAGUGCAAAGAACAUAUCCAAAGCAAACUGAAGAGCCUCAGGGAUGAAAGAGAGAGACUCCAAGGAUUAAAAGCGAUGGGGGAGAAGAGAAGCCAGAAGCAUCUGCAGCAGGCGAGGGCCGAGAGGUGGAAAAUCAUGUCGGUGUUCAAGCAGCUGCACCAGUUCCAGGACGAGCAGGAGCGGCUCCUCCUGAUGUGGCUGGAGGACACGGAAAAGGAGAUAGUGCAGACCCAGAGCGAGAACGACCGGAGGAUCUCUGCCGAGAUCUCCCACCUGGGCAACCUCAUCCGGGAGCUGGAAGGGAUGAACCCCCAGCCGGAGAACAAAUCCCUGCAGGAUGCCAGGAGUGCCUUGACCAGGUAUGUGGCUCUCUGUCCCCAGCACAGUGUCACUUCUCCAAGAGGUUUUUUUUUGCAUAGCUUAUUUGGCAAGGAAGGAAUACAAAAGUCUUCUCCUUCCAGGUGUGACGCAAGGGCUUUCCAGCAUCUGACGGAGAAGUUUCCCCGAGUAGAAAAAAGCCUCAAGGAUUUAUCUCAGAAAAACAUCAUUCUGAAGGAAGCCCUGAGGAAAUUCAAAGAGAGUCUCCUGGUUGAACUGGAUGUUCAAUGGGCAAACGUGACUCUGGAUCCAGACACAGCAAACCCCCACCUUGUCCUCUCCGAGGACCGGAGGAGCGUGAGAUGGGACGAAACACCCCAGAAUUUACCCGACAACCCGCAGAGAUUUGACACCUACUGCUCGGUGCUGGGCCACGAAGGCUUCACGGCGGGGAGGCACUACUGGGAAGUGCAGCUGGGGAAUAGAGGAUUUUGGGCUGUGGGGGUGGCCAGAGACUCAGCUUGGAGAAAGGGUUGGAUCAGCCUUGACCCUUCCCAGGGGAUUUGGGCUGUUGGCAUCUGUGGGGACAGUUUUCAGGCCUUCACCUCCUUCGAAACGGUUCAGCCUCUGAAUGGGAGGCCAAGGACUAUCCGGGUCUCUCUGGAUUACGACAAGGGACACGUGGCUUUCUUCGAUGCCGAUAAUGAGACCUUGGCUUUUGCUUUUACGCCAACUUCUUUCAACGGAGAGAAAAUCCUGCCUUUCUUCUGGGUUUGGGAGUCCAGGAUCCGGCUGGCUCCCUGAGGCAGCACGGUCAGCAAGAUGGAAAUGUCGUGCUUUGGAGAAGGCUUUGCUUUGAUCCGGGAAACCACACUGUAUUUCAGAGCUCUAUGGGUGGUAGAGAAUAAAGUGAAGGGAACAAGU